AUGUCUCAGGGCGGUUCUUCUCUCUGCGGUCAGUUCUUCCUGGUCUUCCUGGAGGUGGAAGAGUUUGGGUUGUUCUUGAGGAAGUCAAGAAGGACGGUGCUCUUGCAGCGGGGGCAUUUUGGGUCGUCCUCCGAUAGCAUCACGUACAUGAGGCAGUGUGGGCAACCCGCCAGCACCAUCGCCGCCGCCUCCGGGCUUGAUCCCGGUUUCCCAUCCUCCGACUCCGAAGACACACACGAGCUCGGCGGCGAUGAAGACGACGUGGACGAACGGUGGGGCGAGUUGCUGAGGUUUCUAUUUCUCCCGUUGUUUCCACCGCCGCCGCCGUCGUUAUUGCGGCCGGCUGAGCUUCCGCCGCCUACCGCCGAUGAGCUCCCUCGGGGGCUCCACAGGCUCGGCCUCUGGUCAAUCUUUGGGCUCUUCCCAUUUCGGCUCAUGUCUUCGUCUUCUUCUUCCCCUUCCCACUUCUUGACGAAGAUCUUCCGGCGCUGCAUUUCAUAA